AGCUCUAUUUCACCAGCCGUUCCGUCACAUAAUCACUCUCCACACAUUUGGACUGCAAAUUGUUUUUAUACUAUUUCUAGUUAUUUCUAAGUAAAUUGCGAGUUGGAAUUGCCAUCGAGAUGCUAGCCCGCGCUAUCCGAGUGCGUCCCAUGAUGCGGGGCAUCGCCUCGUCGUCGGUGUGGACCCGGAACCGUCCCGCCCAGAGGUCCCUGGUGCAAUGCUGCCGGGUUCGGGCGACGCACCUCGAGCGAUUUCAUGGAGCAAACAUGAUGGUCCAACGUUUCUACAGUCGCAAGCGGGACGACUCCGACGAGGAUCUCAUGUCGGAGGGUCAUGGUCCCGAGGUCAUGUCCGAUAGGGAUCCCCAGUUGCCGGCCACUGUAGCGGUGCCCGAUGUAUGGCCACAUGUCCCGCUGCUGGCCAUGCGCAAGAAUCCCCUCUUUCCACGCUUCAUGAAGAUUGUAGAGGUUUCCAAUCCCAUCAUCAUGGAUCUGCUGCGUCGCAAAGUCAAGCUAAAUCAACCUUAUGUAGGCGUCUUUCUUAAGAAAUCAGAUGGCGAAGAGGAGCUCAUCCACAAUUUGGAUGAUGUCUACAGUAUGGGUACAUUUGCGCAAAUCCAAGAGCUUCAGGAUCUGGGUGACAAGCUGCGUAUGGUUGUGGUGGCCCAUCGUCGUAUUCGAAUCACUGGUCAGGUCGUCGAGGAUGUCCCAACUCCCAAGCCCGCUGAAGAUCAAACGACUGAUCAAGCGGAGACGGCACCAAUAAAAUCAAGAGCCGACCCAUCUCGUAAGUCCCGUGGCCGACUACCCAGAAGUCGUCCUGGAAAAUCGCGCGAAUCGGCGGCCGCUGAGGAAAUGGUACAAAACCAGACGCUGGAGCCGCCACUCAAAUCAGGUCAAGUUGAGUCUGCGAGUUCGCCUAAGCCUCCUACAGAAGGAAAUAAAGUGGAAUCCCAGGCAGGCGCCCAAGGGGAUGCCACACAAUCCGCGCCCAGCGCACCACCUGUACUCAUUGUGGAAGUGGAAAAUAUUAAGCAACCGGCUUACAAACAAACGGAAGAGGUCAAAGCGUUGACUCAGGAAAUAAUCAAGACCCUCCGAGAUAUUAUUACGAUGAACCCCUUGUAUAGGGAGAGUCUUCAGCAGAUGCUGCAUCAAAACCAACGAGUUGUCGACAACCCCAUUUACCUGUGUGAUUUGGGUGCAUCCCUUUCCGCUGGAGAACCGGCUGAACUGCAGAAAAUCCUUGAGGAAACAGAUAUCCCAGAACGUCUGCAGCUGGCCCUGACUCUACUCAAAAAGGAACUGGAGCUCUCGAGACUCCAACAAAAAAUUGGACGCGAAGUAGAGGAAAAAGUUAAGCAGCAGCAUCGUAAAUAUAUACUCCAAGAACAACUGAAGGUUAUUAAAAAAGAACUUGGAAUCGAAAAAGACGACAAAGAUGCCAUAGGCGAAAAGUAUCGAGAAAAACUUAAGGAUAAAAUCGUUCCUGAAAGCAUAAUGACGGUUAUCGACGAAGAGCUGACCAAACUAAACUUCCUUGAAAGCCACAGCUCUGAGUUUAAUGUAACCCGCAACUACCUCGACUGGCUCACUUCUUUGCCUUGGGGAGUUAUAAGCACCGAAAACCUCUGCCUAGAGAAAGCCACCGAGAUACUAAACAACGAUCACUAUGGCAUGGAAGACAUCAAGAAGCGUAUUUUGGAGUUUAUUGCCGUCAGUUCUCUGAAGGGCACUACGCAGGGAAAGAUCUUGUGCUUCCAUGGGCCACCAGGUGUGGGCAAGACAAGCAUAGCCAAGUCUAUUGCUCGCGCUUUGAAUCGCGAGUACUUCCGUUUCAGUGUGGGCGGAAUGACAGACGUGGCCGAAAUCAAGGGACAUCGACGCACCUAUGUGGGCGCCAUGCCGGGCAAGUUAAUUCAGUGUCUAAAGAAGACCAAGAAUGAGAAUCCUUUGGUGCUCAUCGAUGAAGUAGACAAGAUUGGCAAAGGGUACCAGGGAGAUCCCAGCUCGGCCUUGCUUGAGCUCCUUGAUCCCGAACAGAAUGCCAAUUUCCUGGAUCACUAUCUGGAUGUGCCAGUAGAUCUCUCUCGAGUGCUCUUUAUUUGCACAGCGAAUGUAAUUGACACCAUCCCUGAGCCCUUGAGGGAUCGCAUGGAGUUGAUUGAGAUGUCUGGUUAUGUGGCUGAGGAAAAGAUCGCCAUCGCUCGUCAGUACCUCAUGCCUCAGGCUAUGAAGGACUGCGGAUUGACGGAUAAGCAGAUUAAUAUUACCGAGGAUGCCUUAAAUAUGCUGAUCCGCAGUUAUUGCCGAGAAUCCGGUGUGCGAAACCUGCAAAAACACAUCGAGAAGGUUAUACGAAAAGUGGCCUUCCGUCUGGUCAAGAAAGAGGGCGAGCACUUCCCUGUGAACGCUGAUAACCUGACCACAUUCCUGGGCAAGCAGAUCUUCAGUUCAGAUCGCAUGUACGCCACCACACCGGUGGGCGUGGUCAUGGGUCUGGCCUGGACGGCUAUGGGCGGCUCAUCGCUGUUCGAGACCUCCAGGCGCCACAUACGCCAUGGGGAAAAAACGGAUUCGACUGCUGCUGGAGGAACUCUCCACAUCACUGGAAAUUUGGGGGAUGUCAUGAAGGAAUCAGCCCAAAUAGCCUUGACAGUGGCGCGCAACUUUUUGCACUCGCUGGAACCUACGAAUUUGUUCCUGGAGCAGGAACACAUCCACCUCCAUGUUCCUGAAGGAGCCACACCAAAAGAUGGUCCCAGUGCUGGAAUCACUAUCAUCACAGCCUUGGUUUCGUUGGCCACUGGAAAGAAAGUGCGUCAAGAUGUGGCUAUGACUGGCGAAGUGUCCCUGAAGGGAAAGGUUCUACCCGUGGGUGGAAUCAAGGAGAAGACUAUUGCAGCCCGUCGUAGUGGCGUCAACUGUUUAAUCCUGCCGGUGGAUAACAAGAAAGACUUCGAAGAGCUACCAACUUACAUUACCGAAGGCCUGGAGGUACACUUUGCUGAGACGUACGAGGAUGUCUACAAGAUUGCCUUUUCCGAUGCCGAAACGACGAACAACGACGUAGUGGAGCAGGAGCCGCUGCAGAAGAUUUCCACCGCGGCCGCCGCCAAGUCGGCGACAUGGCCUUAAUCGUAGCUUAAGUUUGGGGGUGUACCGGGUGUUCAUAGUUUUUAUUGAUAUCGAUCGUUAUCAGGCUAAUUAGUGUAUUUAGACCAUAGCAUUUGUUAAACCUAAUGCCAAGUAAAUUAAAUGUACUGACGAACUAAA